CCGCAUCACACCAACCCGCGCCUUCUACACGAUUGCGCUCUUGCCGUUACUCUUGUUGAUGCUGCGCUCAUUCUCUCGUCUAGUACUCCCAGCAAGCCGCACUCUCUUCACAAUGUCGACGACAAAGGCCUACCCCAAGCCCCCCAUUGCGCCGCCCAACUGGUCGUACACGCCCGAGAGCGUCAAGGCCGCCGUGGACAAGUACAUCUCCAACACGCAGCAGCUGCUCGACGACGUCGCCGCCCUCCCCAAGGGACAGCGCACUUUCGACUCGGUCGUGCGCCGUAUCGCCCUCGAGGACGCCGUCGCGGACCGCGAGACUGAGCCGUCGCUAUUCCUGCAGUACGUGCACGAGGACGAGGCCGUGCGCAAUGCGUCGGUGGACGGCGACAAGGCUAUCCAGGAGUUCGGCCUCAAGGCCAUCGCCCGCGAGGACAUCUACGAGGCCCUCCUUGACGUUGAGGCCGCCGGUGGCAAGCUCAACGCCGAGGAGCAGCGCCUGCUCGACCGCAUGAUCCGCGACCGCAAGCGCAACGGUCUCGGCCUGCCCAAGGACAAGCGCGACGAGCUGCUCGCGCUCCAGACCAAGAUCAUGGGCCUCGAGGUCGACUUCCAGCGCGCGUGCAACGAGGAGAAGGGCAGCCUGCUGUUCACAAAGGAGGAGCUCGAGGGCGUGCCCGAGACCGUGUUGGAGGGGUACACCAAGGAGGGCGACAAGUACAAGGUUACCUUCAAGACCCCCGACAUCGUUCCCAUCUUCCAGUACGCCGACGUGCCCGCCACCCGCCGCAAGGCCCAGCUCGGCUACGAGGGCAAGACGAUCAAGAACGCUCCUGUGCUCGACGAGGUGGUCAAGCUCCGCCGCAAGGUCGCUGAGCUCCUCGGGUUCGACAACUUUGCCGACUACGUCCUUGACAUCAAGAUGGCCAAGGACUCCAAGACGGUGCUCAACUUCCUCAACGACCUGCAGGAGAAGCUCACGCCGCUCGGCGAGGCGGAGAAGGCAAAGUUCCUCAAGGUCAAGAAGGCCGAGCACGAGAAGCGCGGCUGGCCAGUCGAGAACGAGCUCUAUCUCUGGGACUACCGCUACUACGACCGUCUGACCACCGAGCGCGACCUGGCGCUCGAUGACAACAAGGUCAAGGAGUACUUCCCCGUCGACAAGGUCGUGCCCACCAUCCUGGACAUCUACCGCCAGCUGCUCUCGGUUCAGUUCUACCCCGUCCCCCGCGACGACGAGCACGGCGGCAAGACGUGGCACAAGGACGCCGAGGCGUACGCCGUCUGGGACGCGCCCAAGGACGGCAAGGAGACGUUCCUCGGAUACAUGUACCUCGACCUCUUCCCCCGCGAGAACAAGUACGGCCACGCGGCGGUCUGGGGCCUCAUCCCAGGCUCCACCAAGGCCGACGGCUCGCGCUCGUACCCUACCGUGUGCAUGGUUGCCAACCUCGCCAAGCCUACACCUACUCGUCCCGCGCUGAUGAAGCACGACGACGUGGUGACCUUCUUCCACGAGAUGGGCCACGCGUUCCACGGCCUCUGCUCGUCCACCCAGUUCUCGCGCUUCCACGGCACGCACGUCUCGCGUGAUUUCGUCGAGGCCCCCUCGCAGAUGCUCGAGAACUGGUGCUGGCUGCCCGAGCAGCUCAAGACCAUGUCGGAGCACUACGAGACGCACGAGCACCUCCCCGACGACCUGAUUGCCAGCAUUGUCAAGAGCAAGAACCUCAACCAGGGCUUGUUCAACCUGCGUCAGCUCUUCUUCGGCCUCUACGACAUGACCCUCCACACGUCCAAGGACGACCUCGACCUCACCAAGCUCUGGUGCGACUUGCGCGAGAAGACGUCCCUCGUCUCCACGGACGGCGAGUACGUCGGCGGCCAGAGCGGCUUUGCGCACAUUGUUGGUGGCUACGCCGCCGGCUACUACGGCUACCUCUACUCGCUCGUCUUUGCCGCCGACAUGUUCGAGUCGGUGUUCAGCGCCGACCCGAUGAACCCUGCCAACGGACUCAAGUACCGCGCCGAGAUCCUCGGCCCUGGCGGUAGCCGCGACGAGGCCGAGUCGCUGCGCAAGUUCCUCGGCCGCGACCCCAACAACAAGGCGUUCUUGAAGCAGCUGCUGAGUGGGGCCGAGACAGCCAAGCUGUAGUAGUAAAGUUCAGGGGAAAGGAAAGCAUGAAGCAUGCACCAUGGCG